AUGACGGGGAGCGAUUUGUUCACGGAGGUAAAUGCAUGCUUCCACAAGCUGGGACUGAAAUGGGACAAACUGGCAUGUGUCACAACUGAUGGUUGUCCAAAUCUGACAGGGAGAAAUGUUGGACUUUUAAAGCGGAUGCAAGAUAAAGUGACUGAAAUAGACCCAGAACUGAAAUGUGUAUUUUUGCAUUGUAUUAUACAUCAGAAUGUGUUGUGUAAGUCAGUGCUAAAACUUAACCAUGUUAUUGAUGUUGUAACUAAAAUAGUUAACGUCAUCAGGGCACGAGCAUUGAAUCACAGACAGUGUGUUGCACUCUUGGAGCAGCAUGAGACUGAACACAGCUGUCAGUGGCUCAGCCUGGGCAAAGUGCUUAAAAGAGUUCAGGACCUGAGAGCAGAGAUUCAAGAGCUCUGUGAGAAGAAAGGCAAGAACAUCCCAGAGCUCUCCGAUGUAAACUGGAUGACGGGUUUUGCAUUUGCUGUUAAUGUGACUGCACUAAUGAAUGAUCUGAAUACCAAACUGCAAGGCAAGGGCCUCUUUGCACAUCACAUGUACAGCCUGGUGAAGGCUUUCAUGACAAAGUUGCAGUUUCUUUCAAGCCAGAUGCAGGUAACACACUCGCCCACCUGCACACCCUGAAAGAAGCCACACCAUCAGUUGAACAUCUCCACAGGUAUCAUCCAUGUUAGGGGCACUGCAUGGUGAGUUUAAGGCCAUUU